AUGCAGCCCAUGGACUCGCCGACCAACGCCUACGCGCACUUGAACGCCGGCCUCGCGGGCCCUGGACAGACGCACAUCCACCCGUUCGCACUCGCUCUUGGCAUCGCUGGAUUCUUCUUGCUCCUCUUCCUCGUCUCCGCGUCUUCGUACCAGAAACACCAGCUGCAGGUCCUCGCCCGCAAACUCCUGCGCAAGAAGCGCAAAUCCGUCCUAGACGAGGACCUGGCCCGUGUGAAAAGCAGUACUGAUACAAGUGACAAAGCAAGUGGUACGUCCACUUCGUCCACAGCUUCUACCUCGGACCUCCCGAGUUUUGUCCGUCAAGCUGCUGAAGUCGGGAAUGCCCGCGUGGUCAAGCGCUGGGUCAAUUCAUCGAACCGGUACCUGGACGCUGCAAGUGCAGAGAACCUCACGGCGCUGCAUUAUGCUGUCCGUGGCGGUCAUAACGAGUGCACGAGGCUCUUGCUGGCUGCCAAUGGCGACCCAAACGUGAUGGAUGAACGUCGAGUGACGCCGCUGCAUUUAGCUGCUCUGGGCGGCCACGCGCUGUGUGUCAAGCUGCUGCUGGAUUACAAGGCGGACCCUUUUCUGGAAGACGUGGACGACCACACGCCGCUGUUUAUUGCCGAGCAGAGCGGCAAUAUGGGCUGUGCCAGGCUGUUGCAACGAGCGAUGGCCAAGGCAGCCAUGCAAGACGAUGCGUCGUCGGUCACGUUGCGUGCAGGAGCGACGACGGCUCGGGUGGACAAUGCCGUGUAA